UUUGGGAUGAAAUCGGCAUUAUCGUAUAUUUCUCAAGUUAUCAUCUGAUAAGUCCGACCACACAUUCGCGGGCAAGAAAAGAAAGAACGAUGAUCCUGGGAGCACCUGAUUGCUGCACCUCAUUAACUUGUGCUUCACUGCAUCAACUUCAACUAUCAUCCAGGGCCAGACUAUCAUCCUUAACUAGAUUUCCACGAAACCAUACAUACUCGACUUCACACAACUUCACCAACACUUCUGGAUGCUGCCGGGCUAACCUUAUCACCGAUUCCGAAUCUUUUCAAGUUGGAAAGCUCAUUGGCACCUAUGGCUUCAUGAACAUCACUAGUUUCUCAGGAUCCCCAUCAGGUUUGGACAAUGAAUUUGCGCCAGGAGAUAUGGAGAGAUUGAGAGUCCAGGAUGUAGGCGAAGGCAGCGUAAAGAUCAGGCUUUAUGGAGGCAGAGUAAUUCAGGGUCCACUAAGAGGUACUCCGGUUAUUUUUAAGGUAUAUCCUGGGCGGCAAGUUGGUGGUGCUGAAUCUGACAUGAUGGCAGCAAAUGAGCUGAAUGCUCAUACUUUCCUUCAGAGCAGUUCAGGGACACUGUGUCAGAAUAUCCAAGUUCUCUUGGGGGGUUUUGAGACCAAAAUGGGUGAGCAGUGGCUUGCUUUUCGUGAUUACGGAAAAUACAGUGCUGCAGAUUACGCUAGAAUUAAAAGCGAAAAAUUGUCACAAGACCAAACCUUUUGGAAUCCUUUUGAGAAAGAGCAGCUCAUAAAGCGCAGAAGAUUUUAUAUUGUAAAGCUUCUUCACGAUGCAAUUAGUGGCCUUGCAUACAUGCAUGACCAUGACAGAUUGCAUCAGAGUCUUGGACCUGCAUCCGUUGUUGUAAAUACGACCGCUGAGAAAGAAGCUGCCUACCUAAUUCCAAGACUCCGGGACCUUGCCUUUUCAGUUGACAUAAGGUACUCAAGCUUAGGUGAAAGACCGAGUACAUUGUCAGAAGGAUUAUGGAGAAGGGCAUCUGCUGCUGGUGCAGACAGUCUUAUGGAAAAAAGAGCCUUUGGAAUUGCAGAUGACAUAUAUGAAGCUGGUCUUCUCUUUGCAUACUUGGCGUUCAUUCCAUUUUGUGAAGCUGGAAUCAUGGACAGCCUUUCUUUGCAAAGGCUUCUGGAGAGUACAUUCCGCCUAGAUCUUCAAGCUGCAAGAGAUUAUUGCUUAGCUGAUGACCGUUUCUUAGAAGCUGUCAAGUUUCUGGAUCUUGGUGGUGGUGCUGGGUGGGAGUUGCUGCAGGCGAUGUUAAAUCCAGACUUUCGGAAAAGGCCAAUUGCAGAAGCUGUUAUAAAUCAUCGUUUCAUGACCGGAGCUGUCCUUUGACUGUUAGGGCUGUGAAUACACAUGUAAUCAAAGUAAUAGAACAGAGAACCAUAUAUAUUGUAUUAGAACAGAGAGCAAUAUGUAUCAUAUCAUUACUCCAGGCACCCUUUUCUAUUUCUCUUAA